AUGGCCUUCGUCGUCUAUCGUCGUCGGCUGCUGCCCCCUCCAUCCCCGCCCUCCUCCGCUACUACUACUACAGCGGCAGCCGCACCUCCAAAACCAGCAAAGUUAGCAAGUCCAGCCGCUCCGCACAAGUCCAGCGAGCCUAGCUCCUUGGACAUCCCCAGCACCCCGCGACCGUACUUGAACGGCAAAGCGCUCGACUUGCUCGCUAAGUAUAUGGGUACUGGCGCCAUGGGCCUGUCGAAACUGAAGUUUUAUAGCUUGGAUAAGCAUUUAGAGCUAGGCAGUAUUCGGCAAAGAUUGGGCAGGCGGAGCAGUAGAGUAACAGUAAGGGGAAGGAGGGCUACAAAGACGCGUAGUGAGCUGUCGAGGUAA